GUUAAUCACUGUUAGAUGAAUUUCUCUGUCUGUCUUCCAGCUCCUGGUGCGGUUCAGUUUUGUUUUCUCCUCUCUACGCGAGCGGGUGGUCUGGGCAUCAACUUGGCCACUGCGGACACAGUCAUCAUCUUUGACUCGGACUGGAAUCCUCAUAAUGACAUACAGGCCUUCAGUCGAGCUCACCGCAUCGGUCAGGCCAAUAAGGUGAUGAUAUACCGCUUUGUGACUCGAGCUUCAGUUGAGGAGCGAAUCACGCAGGUGGCCAAAAGAAAGAUGAUGCUCACACACCUGGUGGUGCGGCCCGGAUUGGGCUCAAAAGCAGGAUCCAUGUCCAAACAAGAGCUGGACGACAUCCUCAAGUUUGGCACAGAGGAGCUUUUCAAAGAUGAGAUUGAGGCAGGGGACAAUAAAGAUGAUGAUAUGAGUGUAAUACACUACGAUAAUGCAGCCAUCGAGCGUCUGCUGGACCGCAGUCAGGAUGCCACCGACGACUCUGACAUGCAGAACAUGAACGAGUAUCUGAGCUCCUUCAAGGUGGCCCAGUACACUGUCAAAGAGGAUGACAAGAUAGAGGAAAUUGAGAGAGAAAUCAUUAAGCAGGAAGAGAAUGUGGAUCCUGAUUAUUGGGAGAAACUCCUGAGGCAUCACUACGAGCAGCAGCAGGAGGAUCUGGCCCGCAAUCUCGGCAAAGGAAAGAGAGUUCGCAAACAGGUCAACUACAAUGAUGCAGCUCAAGAGGACCAAGAGUGGCAUGCUGACAUUUCAGAUAACCAAUCAGAGUACUCUGUUGGCUCGGAGGAGGAAGAUGAAGACUUUGACGAGAGACCUGAGGGUCGCAGACAGUCACGCAGGCAACUUCGAAACGAGAAGGACAAACCACUGCCACCCCUUUUGGCCAGAGUUGGCGGCAACAUUGAGGUAUUGGGCUUUAAUACGCGUCAGAGAAAAGCCUUCCUGAAUGCCAUCAUGAGAUGGGGGAUGCCUGCUCAGGACGCCUUCUCUUCUCAGUGGCUCGUGCGGGACCUCCGCGGCAAGAGCGAGAAAGAGUUCAAGGCAUAUGUGUCGCUCUUCAUGAGGCAUCUCUGUGAGCCAGUGGCUGAUGGUUCCGAGACGUUUGCUGAUGGCGUCCCACGGGAGGGGCUCUGCAGGCAGCCGGUCCUCACACGUAUAGGAGUCAUGUCUCUGGUCAAGAAGAAGGUGCAAGAGUUUGAACAUAUCAAUGGGAAAUGGAGCAUGCCUGAGCUGAAGCCAGAGAUCACCGUUGACUCUAAGAAAUCCUCAAGAGCCUCUUCGCCCACCAUCAAGACAGACACUCCCACACCUGAACUGAGCUGCAACAACACACCCUGCACCUCCAAACCAGCCACCCCCUCUCCACCUGACAAGACGGAGAAGAGCGCAAAAGAGGCAGAGAAAGAUGAGGCCGAGUCCCUGACAGAACCAGAGAGAGAGCGAGAGAAGGAAAAAGCGAAAGAAGCAAAGGAGGGAGAGAGUGUGGAGAGCACAGAACACGGAGAAGCUACAGGGAACGAGGGUGAGAAAGAUCCAAUAACCAGUGAAAAAUCUCAGACAUCUGAAAGUCCAGCAGCGGCAGCUUCUGAUGACUCAAAAACUAAAGAAAAUCCUGACAUCUCUCAGUCUCCACCAAAAGAAAAGAAUGAGAAGGAGAAACAAGAGGAGGAGGAGGGCAAGGAAAAAGAGCCCUCCACCGAGAAACCGUCUGAUUCUCCAUCUGUUAAAGAAGAGAGCAAAGAGGCUCUGAAAGGUGACAAAAAAGAAAAGGCUGGAGAAGAGAAGGAGAAAACUGAAGCAUCGUCCCCUCCCUCAGAAACAACAGAGAAGAAGGACAAAUUAGAUCAGUCGUCUGAGGUCAAAAAAGAGGAGGUGAAGGGUGAAAGGGAUGCUGGGAAGGAGGUCAGAGUGCAGAGGGAGGAGGUGCCCAAAGUUAUCAGCAGACCAGCAGAGCGUCCACGGUUCAUGUUCAACAUCGCAGAUGGAGGAUUCACAGAGCUCCACACUCUCUGGCAGAAUGAGGAGCGGGCAGCUAUUUCAUCAGGCAAGAUCAACGAGAUCUGGCACCGGCGGCACGACUUCUGGCUGCUUUCAGGAAUCGUGUGUCAUGGCUACGCACGGUGGCAGGACAUUCAGAAUGACCCGCAGUUUGCAAUCAUAAAUGAACCCUUCAAAACUCAAGCCAACAAAGGAAACUUCUUAGAGAUGAAAAACAAGUUCCUGGCAAGACGGUUCAAGUUGCUGGAGCAGGCCCUGGUAAUCGAGGAGCAGCUGCGUCGGGCUGCCUACCUCAACAUGACCCAGGACCCCACUCACCCGGCCAUGGCCUUGAACGCCCGCUUUGCUGAGGUCGAAUGUCUCGCUGAAUCCCAUCAGCAUCUCAGCAAGGAGUCGCUCGCAGGAAACAAACCUGCCAAUGCCGUCUUGCACAAGGUGCUAAACCAGUUGGAGGAGCUUCUGAGUGACAUGAAGGCAGACGUAACGCGGCUCCCAGCCACACUGUCCAGAGUCCCGCCGAUCACAGCCCGUCUGCAGAUGUCCGAGAGAAGCAUCCUCAGUAGACUGGCCAACAAGGGCAACGAGACACACACACCGCCGCCUAUUCCUCCAGGCCCGUACGCCACCCCGCAGAACUUCGGCCCUCCCUUCACACCUGCACCCUCAGCUGCCCUCGCUCUGGCCGGAGCAAACUACAGCCAGAUGCCACCCGGAUCCUUCAUAUCAGUGUUGAACGGGCCGCCCAUGUCGGUGAAGAAAGAGAGGGAGGCCGAGCUCCUGAUGGCACGGAGGGAACAGCGCAGUGGGGAGGUGAUCUGCAUCGAUGACUGAAUUCAGCAACUCACACACACAAACACACACACACACACAUGCUGACUCAGUCAAAGGACAUUUGCAUGCAAACACAAACACAACUAUUCCUGAACACACACACACACACACACACACAUAUGCACCUGCAGUUUGACGAAUGAACAGACUACCCUCAGUAUCACGGCAGCACUUUCACAAACAGCUACGCAGAGCUUCAGCUCGCCCUUUGGUUAUUUCCUCUCGAACACCUAUGUGCACAUACACACACACAUGCACACAUACAAAAUAUUUGAUUUCCUUUCCUCUCAUAACUAUCAGCCUCACAUUUCAGAGGAAUCCACACGCUCAUGCUCAUCUGAAGUCCCGUGCCCUCACUAGUGCCCCACGACACAGACAUGAAGCUGCAUGUAUGUGGAAGAGCUUCAUAUCACCCGCAGUGAUUUGUUUUCCAACAGCAUGCAUCUCGCAGUCCACGGUUCAGUCAAGAGAAAACGCCUGUGCCCGCUCUUGCAUAGUGCAAUCUUUCAAGAAAUCCCUCAUCGCAAGCUAGCGUGACUGUUUCGGAGCUGCCAUGUCCCAUAAACAAGCUUCAAGCAGUCUUCUUAAAGGGAGUGUUCAGCCUAAAAGAUUCCUGUCAUCAUUUAGCCAUCCUCAAGUUCUUCCAAAUCUUCCCUUGUUCUGUUGAGAAUUGAAGAACGCUCGCAACUACUAAACUAUCAACAUAUAGCCAUUGAUUUUCAUUGUGUUUUCCUCCUACUGUGAAAAUGAAUGGCUAUACUGUAGCAUUCUUCAAAAUGUGUUCAACGGAAGAAAAAAAAACUCUAAUUUAUUACAUGUUUUGUCUGUAUAAUGAAUGUAUCUACACAAUGAAUAUAAUGGGCAUUGUUGCAUCCCAUUGAUGUUCAUUUAAUGGUCAAAAAACACAUAGAAUAUAUUUUGUGUGAAAGUCAACCAUGUGUGGAAUGACAUUGAGUGAAUGAUGGCUGAAAUUUCAUUUUAGGUGAACUGGCCCUUUAAGAAUGUGGGCUUUCAGCAUGGUGGUGAUUUAGUUUGGGAGGAUAUAUAUGUAUUUUACUGUAAAAAAUAUGGGGGGGGGGGGGGGGUAUUAAACAUUACCCUGGCCAACUUUGAGAAAAAAAAAAAACGAGGUAAAAUUUAUGACCUACCACGACAGUAAAGAAGUAAUGUAUUAUGUUCAAUUCAAUCAGUAUUGGCUGCAGUAUUGUCUUGCGCUAAAAAGACAGUAUGUAAUGAAGUUUAUUUCGCCUUAUAUUGGGAUAUCGAGCAUUGAAAUGUAAAGUUCCCUGCCUUUUUUAAAGUAUUGACCCUUAAUCUAGUGUUACAGUGGGGUGAAGAGGGUUCAAAAGCAUCUUCGUACCUCCCCAAGUGUUAUCGAAGCACGUUCAGCAGUUCUACACUUCAUUCUCUCUCAUCACUUCAUCCUCACCUUUCUCAUUCAAACCAAUUGCUCACAUCUCACUCCUAUCCUUUAUUCAAAUUUCUACUUGUUUUUACGAGCUCUUUGAUAUCGUUUGCGUAUUUAAACUCGGUUUCAUUGUGUUCUCCUGUUUUUAAUCCUUGUUAUUACAACUAAGAUUAUUGUUGUUGCUCUUGAUGUUGUCCUUGAUGUUACAUUUGCGAAGCUUCUACCAAAUGAAAAUAAUAAUAAUAAUAAAAAACAGUCGAAACAUUGACGCAUUGUAUGUUUGGUCCAUCACAUUUCUCUAUAUCGGACCUCUUGUAAAAGAAUAUUCCACAAAGGGGUCGAAAGGACUUGGGAAUAAUCGAUAUCAUCGCUAUCCUACAGACUUCGCUUAUAUCUACAGUAGAUUCGGGGCUUGCAAACAAAUAACCUGUAUGCAGUGGAUCACAUGUAACCAGGAAAUUGAAAACAUAUGAAUGCAUAUAUUCAAAUCUGCAAUUGAAAUUCCUUCUGCAAUGUUUCUUUGGCUCCUACAAAAGUAAAGCCUUGUAAUGUUACCGCCUUAAAUGGUAAUACAGCUGUAAAGCGUUAAUGAGCAGAUGUGAACUCUGUAUAUGGCUGCGGUUGCACUAUACCUAGCUAGGCCUCAACUCAAGACAGAUCAUGAGUUAAAAUGUUAAUUUAUUUGCCCCGUUCCCCAGUAUAGUUCUGAAAUAUCGUUCAUUUCAGUGCUUGGUUUUAUUUGGGAGAGUUGCGUCAAAUCAAGCACUUUCUGUCCUUUUUUUCAUUUCUGUCUUUUAACGUUUUUUUUUUGUUGUUGUCAGUAUUUUCUGCAUUUUCUUGCUAAGAGUCACUGUGUACAUUGUGUGAUUCCAGACAGUCAGUGACAUUGUUGUGAUCAACAUUUGGCACACCGAACGGAACAUGUUAAUAAUGCAUCUUUCUCUCUUUUGUUUUGUUUUGUUUGUAAUAAAAUAAAAUAAAAAACAAA